UGGUGUUUAGACGUCCCUAACCCACGGAAAAUGUAAAAAGCAUGAAUUUUGGCGCUAAAUUCCUGAAGUUGACUCCCGAUAUCGGCUCACUUUUCAAGACAAGUUACGGGGCUGUUCGUUUCUUUGGGAAAAUGCCAAGCGAAAUCACACUUGACUUUGCAAAGCUGACAAGUAAUGCAACAACACCAACCAAAGGCUCGUCCUUGGCUGCUGGUUAUGAUUUAUACAGUGCCUAUGACUACACAGUCCCUGCUCGUGGAAAGGAAAUUGUAAAGACAGAUAUUCAGAUUGCUCUGCCAGAAGGCUGUUACGGCAGGGUCGCACCUCGAUCUGGUCUAGCUGCAAAAAACUUUAUUGAUGUGGGCGCAGGUGUAAUAGAUCAAGAUUAUAGAGGGAACGUUGGUGUAGUGUUGUUCAAUUUUUCGGAUACAGAUUUCAUUGUGAAGAAAGGUGACAGAGUUGCGCAGCUUAUUUGUGAAAAGAUUUACAUGCCAGUCUUGCGGGAGCUUCCUACACUCGACAACACAGACAGAGGAAGUGGUGGUUUCGGAUCUACUGGAAAAAAUUGAAAUUUGAUUGAUGUACUUUAAAACCUUUUGAUAUUGUGUAAUAAAUUUGUUCAUUAUAUUAUUC